UGUCUCCCAGGCAUGAGGAACACCAGCAAGGAACUGCAAGGGGCCACGAACCGCUAUGCUCCCUGCGACUGGUAUUACCACCUUCCGGUGAAGCGGUCUGAGAAAGUGGAUGCCCCUCCAGCAUCCCAGAUCCCAGGCCUCAGCCAUCUGAGAGACACGCCCAAUGGGAACCCAUUUGGGACACGGAGGUACUGGAUCAAAGAAACAGACUCAGAGUAUGUGAAGCUGGCAAAGCAAGGCGGCAGGCCUGAUCUGCUGAAGCACUCUGCUGCCGGGACCAGGAAGGGCUCCCCCGUUGCCUACUCCCUACCAGAUUGGUACAUCCACCACAGCAAGCCACCUACAGCCAACCAGCGACAAAUCCCUGCUGUCUCCAUGCCAGAUUACAUGGUUUAUGAAGAGUUUAGUCCCAAUCAGGCCAAUGGUAACUAUGAGUCCAAAAGGGGACCCUUUGACUUUGACAUGAAGACAGUUUGGCAACGAGAGGCUGAUGAAUUGGAGGAGAAAAAAAAGGUGAGGCUGCCAGCCAUUAACUCAAAGAAUCCAAGCAAAGUGGGGACCCCACUCGGCCCCAAAGACCCUUCAGGAAGUAGACUCUCCUUUCCUCCCAUGCCUGGUCAGAAGAACAGUUCACCCACAAACUUUUCCAAACUUAUUAGCAAUGGCUACAAGGAUGAGUGGUUACAGCAGCGAACUGACUCAGAAAAGCGGACCCCACAGACACCUAGAGCAUCCACAAUGUCCAGAACAUCGGCUACCUCCAAAACGUCAACAUCCACUCAUUCCACCCGGGACCCAGAGGAGCAACUGGAAGAAGAGGCUGCCCCAGACUCAGAGGUUCCAGAAGGCUCUGAGAAAGUCCAGGAGUCUUCUCCUCCAAGUACUCCAGCAACUUCAUCUGCAUCAACACCAGCAGAACUCAAAUAAACCCCAAUGGAAUUGCCCUUAGGAUCAUU